CACCAAAGAAAAUGAAAUCGAGAGUAAACCCCCUAGUUUAAUGCAAACCAAGCAAUGAAUAGACAUUUACUAACGUAAUGUUUAAAAUAAAAGUACAGCAUGACCUUUGCCAGUGUUGCUGUACUUAUGAACAAGUCUGGUGGCGUUGCACAAGUUUAUCAAAAUGCGACUUUUUUGGCUAUUGGGGAUUGUCAUUUGCUUUGGCAAUGUUUAUGGAGGCUAUGAUGCUGAAGAGGUGGAUAAUCUGAAAUUUCCUGAAUGGCCAAAAGAUUUUGCCUUUAGUGCAAAUGGCAGACGUAAAGGAGAAUACUGCAUCUCUGUUACAACUGGACAUCAGAAAAGCGAUGAUGAUUAUUUCUGUGUCAAUAUCCGAAAAGGUUUCCAAAAUCCCUUGUUACACUGGAUUCAAGGACAACCUAUAGCCGGAUUUAAAUGCACUGAAAUAUCUGAGCCAAAUGAUUCACAAUUUAACGGAAAUCGGUUUUUGUGCAUCCCUCCAAUGAUACAUUACAACUUCGAAUGGUCACACAACGGAGAAAUAAAGGGUAUGAAAUGUAUCCCAUUCGGUGAUCAAAAUAACGCACAUUGGAAAAAUAAUUACUUAUGCAGCGGCAAAGAAGAGGAGCAGCCUAACGAUCGAUACCCCAUAUGGCCAACUGAAUUUAAAUGGAGUUAUGCUGGAUCAAUCCGUGGUUAUGAUUGCCUGGCCGUAGAGGAACCAAGUGAGCCUCUUAAGCACCAUUGGGGAGAUAACUUUUUGUGCGCAAAAUCAGGAAAGGGAAUGAAAUCAAUUGGUAUGAAAUGGUCUUGGAAAGGACCAAUAAAGGGAAUGCGUUGUACCAACAUCAAAGAACCCGCUGAUCCGCAUCAUUGGGGCGAUAACUACCUUUGUGUUCCGCAUGAUUCUCCAUAUCAAUUCCAAUAUUCAAAUCACGGCUUAAUCAACACAAAAGAAUGCAUUCAAAUUAUUGAGCCAAGUGAUCCCAACACAUGGGCAGAUAACUUUCUUUGCGCAGAACACGACAAAAAUGUAAGAUAUCCAAAAUGGCCAUCAGAGUUCAAAUGGAGUUUUGCUGGAGUACUUAGGGAUCACGAGUGUGUUGCCAUUAGAGAACCAGGAGAACCAGCUAACCAUCAUUGGGGAGAUAACUAUUUUUGUGCAAGAUCGGGAGUUACGUUUAAACCUGUCGGCAUGAAAUGGUCCUGGAAAGGUCCUAUCAAGGGAAUGCGUUGUACUAACGUCAAAGAACCUGCUGACCCCCACUAUUGGAGUGAUAACUAUCUUUGUGUGCCGAAUGAUUCCCCAUACAAAUUCGAAUACUCUCACGCUGGACCUAUUAAUAACAAAGAUUGCAUCCAAUGGAACGAACCAAGUGAUCCACAUACUUGGAAAGAUAAUUAUGUGUGCUCAGUAGAUCAAGAUAAACACAAACGCUAUCCAAAAUGGCCUUCCGAGUUCAAGUGGAGUUACGCAGGUGUUUUGAGUGGCUACGAUUGUCUUGCGAUUAGGGAGCCUAGCGAGCCAGCUAAACACCAUUGGGGAGAUAAUUACUUGUGUGCAAAAUCAGGAAAGGACUUAAAAACUAUUGGAAUGAGGUGGUCUUGGGCAGGCCCAAUCCGGGGUAUGCGUUGUACCAAUAUCAAAGAGCCGGCUGAUCCUCAUCAUUGGGGCGAUAACUAUCUUUGUGUUCCACAUGACUCUCCAUAUCAAUUUCAGUAUUCAAAUCAUGGUUUGAUCAAUUUAAAAGAAUGCAUCCAAAUAACUGAGCCAAGUGAUCCCAACACAUGGGCAGAUAACUUUCUUUGUGAUGACAACUUAGAUGAAAUACAACGUUAUCCUAGAUGGCCUAGUGAGUUUUUAUGGAGCUAUACUGGAGCUAAAAGUGGUUAUGAUUGUCUUGCAGUUAGAGAGCCAGGAGAGCCUGCUAAUCAUCACUGGGGUGACAACUUUUUCUGUGCAAGAUCAGGAAGAGAAUUUAAAUCUGUUGGCAUGAAGUGGUCUUGGAACGGCCCUAUCAAAGGAAUGAAAUGCACCAAUAUCAAAGAACCUGCCGAUCCUCACUAUUGGAGUGAUAACUAUUUAUGCGUACCGAAUGAUUCACCGUACCACUUUAAGUACUCUCAUGCUGGGCCGAUCAAUUUGAAGGAGUGCAUUCAAAUUAAUGAACCAAGUGACCCCCACACGUGGAAGGAUAACUACGUGUGCGCAGAUAAUGCAGAAAAAUCAAAACGCUUCCCUCUGUGGCCAUCAGAGUUUAAAUGGAGCUAUGCAGGCCCAUUGAAAGGCUACAACUGUGUUGCCGUAAGAGAACCGAGUGAACCGGCUAAUCAUCACUGGGGAGAUAAUUUUUUCUGUGUAAAAUCAGGAAAAUCCCUGCGGUCCGUAGGAAUGAGAUAUUCUUGGGCAGGUCCAAUCCGAGGCAUGCGUUGCACUAACCUAGGGGAACCAGCUGAUCCUCACCAUUGGGGUGAUAAUCAUCUCUGUGUUCCAAAUGACACACCAUAUCAUUUUAAGUUUUCAUUUGCUGGACCUAUUCAUGGGCAACAUUGCAUUCAAAUUACCGAACCAAGUGAUCCACAUACAUGGAAAGACAACUACCUGUGUCAUGGCGAAUUAAGAUAUCCAGUAUGGCCGAAUGAUUUUAGAUGGAGCUUGGCUGGAAGGAUUGCAGGCUAUGACUGUCUAGCUAUUAUAGAACCUAGUGAGCCAGAGAAACACCAUUGGCAUGAUAAUUUCUUUUGCGUGAGAUCGGGCGUUGGCCUGGUAACAGUCAAUAUGAAAUGGUCAUUCGCAGGGCCAAUUAAAGGAAUGCGCUGCACAAACAUCAAAGAACCAGCGGAUCCACAUCAUUGGGGCGAUAAUUACUUAUGCGUACCAAAAUCAAGUCCUUAUCAUUUUGCAUAUUCUCAUGCUGGGAAGAUUCACGGAAAAGAGUGCAUACAAUGGUUAGAAACCAGUGAUCCCAACACAUGGAGAGAUAAUUUUGUUUGUCAUGCAAAAACUGGAUACCCUAAAUGGCCGGAAGAUUUCGCAUGGAGUAUGGCAGGGCCAGUGAAAGGAUACCAGUGCGUACAAAUUAGAGAACCUGCUGAUCCAGACACUUGGAAUGAUAAUUAUUUCUGCUGGAAGAGGGGCUCGGGAAGAAGGGAUCCCCAAUUAAGAUGGAGUUUUGCUGGUCCAAUCGCCAAUAUGAGAUGCACGCAAGUCUUGGAACCGGCUGAUCCACACACUUGGCGAGAUAACUAUCUAUGUGUACCAAAAGAUUCACCUUACAAUUUUGUUUGGUCAUACGCAGGCGCCAAACGUGGUUUGUCCUGUGUACGAUGGCAUGAGGCAGCUGAUAAACAUACUUGGCAUGAUAACUUCAUGUGUAACAAGAAAUACAACUCUGUAUAAUUCUAUUAAAGUCAGAAUACAUAAAGUAUUUAUCCUU